AUGAUAAUUGUUAUUUUAUAUUUUAAAAAAUUGAUUGGAAAAAUUAUCUUAGCUCAAGACAAAGAUGCUAACGGAUGGAUAUCUUAUGGAGAAUUUAGUUACUACUUUUCAACAGUGUCUCUGAACUUCAAUGAUGCUUUCAAUCACUGCUUGGGUCUGGAAAGUUUGUUGGCCAGCAUUGGGUCACAGGGAGAAAAUGACUUCCUCCAAAACAACUCAAAAACUGAGUACUGGAUAGGCAUGUACAGACCGCAGUGCUGGUUUGAUCAAUCAAAGAACAGCUACUGGCUCGAUGGAACUGAAUUCAAAUUUGUUAAUUGGGCUAUGGGAGAUCCGAAUGAAAAUACGUGCUGCGUAAGAAUGGUGCCGGCCACUGGAAAAUGGAAAGAUAGAUUAUGCAGCAUUAGUUAUAAUUUUGUUUGCAAAAAGCCAUUAUCAGUUAACCCUAACCAACAGAGGCGAGCCAUCAGACGUGUGAUUGACAGUUACAUAGUAGGCGAUAGUUUGGAAGUAGUGCCUAACAAGAGAUGUUUGAUGCAGCUUUGCAUGUUGAUGUGUAUACGAAACUGGAUGUGUGCUGGAUUCAACAUGAGACCAGAGCUUCAAAAUGGAUGUACUUGUGAACUAAAAGACGCCAGAAGCUGGUUGACCUUUGACUCCGUGCAGAAAGUUGGUGCAAGUUAUUGGAGUUACCCUAUUCGGGGGUAUGAUUAUGUAGACGGAAAUGAGGUAAUAUUUGAAAUGUGA